GUGUGGUUAUGAUGGAAGCGUAGAAUAAGUGGAGAGAAAGGCGCGUGAGAAAAGGAAAGAACUUUUCUUGUUAGUAACACUUCGAAGGUUGGAAACGCAAGGAAGAUUUUUGGUGGCAAACUAUUUGGGAGUGUAGUAGCUGUUAUAAGAAGAGGGACGGCUUCAAAGUCUUUUGUUGCCAUUCAUUUCCAAAUAUAUAUAUAUAGAGAUAUAAACUUGUUCACUCUUAGUCGUCAUAUGUGUGUGUCUGUUGUGUGUUCAGUGUUUUUUUUUUUGUCUCUCAUCAGUUCUGAUUUACUGAGUAACAGUUUUUUUUCUUUUUUUUGUGUGUGUGUCUGAGAUGGACAACAUGGAAGAACAAUUUGUGGGUUUGUCCAACAACGAUGCCACUCACAUCGCAAAGGGAAAACGCACCAAAAGAAUGAGGCUUUUGUCUCCUUGUGGUGUUGUUGCUGCAACCACAGUUAUGACAUCUAGUUGUUCAAGUGCUUCUGGUUGUGAUUAUGGGUCGUUUUCUUCUUAUGAGAGCACUGAUCAAGAAGAAGAAGACAUGGCUAAUUGCUUGAUUCUCUUGGCUCAAGGAGGAGGAGCAACUGGAGGAGGGGAUUCUAAUCAUCAUCAUCAUCAUCAUCAUCAUCAUCAACAGCUAGAUGAAGAUCAUGAUCAUGAUCAUGAUGGAAAUAAGAUGGAUCAAAAGGGUAGCACUAAGAUAGCUAUAACCGCUACCAAUACCAAUACCAAAGCUGGUUUCUUUAUUUAUGAGUGCAAAACGUGUAACCGAACCUUUCCUUCGUUUCAAGCACUUGGUGGGCACAGGGCAAGUCACAAAAAGCCUAAAGUGAAUAUGGCGGAGGAAAAGAAACCACCACUUCCUCAACCACCAUCACCACCGCCUUCAUCACAACCACAAGUAAUUACCAAUCAUGAUAUUCAAUUUCAAGAAGCAGGGCAACAAACCCACAUCAAAAGUUCUCUUCAAUUGGGGGGGAGUCACGGUCACAAAGCUUCUACUUUCCAUGGCAACAAGGCCAAGAUUCAUGAGUGUUCCAUAUGUGGCUCAGAAUUCACAUCAGGGCAAGCAUUGGGUGGCCACAUGAGGAGGCAUAGGGCAUCCACAAAUACCACCACCACUACUCAGGUGGUAGGCAUAAGUACCAUCGACACUGCUACCACCACCACCACCGCAGUCAGAGUUCCACCGAGGAGUAUUUUGCAAUUGGAUCUUAACCUUCCAGCGCCGGAAGAUGAUCUCCGGGAGCCCAAGUUUCAGUUUACGGCAACCAAAAAUUCGAUGGUGUUGUCUGCUGCUCCGGCUUUGGUGGAUUGCCAUUAUUAGGCCAGGGUGGGAAUAGGAAGAAUUAUUAUUAUUAUUUUGAUCAAUGAUCAAUAAUGUGAAUUAUUAGUGUUAUUUUAAUUUACAAUUAUUCCUGAUUAUCGAUUCUUUGGAUUAUUCUUUGGUUUAUUAAUAAUUGUCAUUUUGAUAUAUAUGAUCU